ACUCCGGAAGUCGAAUGCAUGUAUCAGAUAUCCGCGGUGUGUAGUCCUCAGUUGUAGUCCUCGGAGUUGUAGUCCUGCCGACAGUGGAACUUUUGGUUGUCUUAAGAUCCACGGUUCAUAUCCUCCAGCUGGUGUGACUCAAACCACGAUGGCCCCCAGGACGCUCGAGCCCCUGGCCAAGCGGCUCUUCAAAGGCCUCAUCGCCCUCGAGCUGCUAGGUGUGUUCGGCGCGUACGGCCUCUUCCACAAGAUGAACACGAGUCAAGACUUCAGGAACACCAUGAACCGACGGCUCCCGUCUGUACUGGAAGUAUACUACCAGUCCAACGAAUGGGCGGGGGUCUACGGCAUCCGGGAGCAGGACCACCAGACCUGGUCCUCUAAGUCCGACUGACCCCCCCAGGACCAGAACCAGAACCAGGUCGGAGGAAGUUACUUUUUCUUCUUGAAAACCUUUUUGGCCAUUUUGGCUUUCCCCGCCACCUUGGCCUUAACAAAGUCCUUCUUCUUGUUGAAGGCGGUCUUCUUCUUCCUCAGGGUCUGGGCGUCGCGGCCGUGCACCCAGUCGUCUCGCUUGGACUCCCACUUCAGCUGCUUCAGCCCUGGGGGGGAGAGAGGGGUGAGGGGGGAGAGAGAGGGGUGAGGCUGCGUUCUGAUACCAGAGUCCCGCUCCAUGGCUUCGGGAACAAACCCGUCUGCAUCGUCAACUCGGUCCGCAAAGAUCUCUCAAAGUCGGACAUCAGGAGAACGUAAAUCCCGACGAAUGAUAUGAACUCUACAGAUUUCUUCUACGGACUUGAGGUUAGGGUUGCUGACGUUGUUCAUAACCCCCUCAUGAAGCAGCACUCUGAUAUUACGAUAGCCAGUUGUGAUUGGUCCCUUCAAAGGGAAGGACGUCUCUAAGCGCUGUGACGGAGCCAGGACCUCUGGGACUUAUAGCUUCAUCCGGCUAGCAUCUAGCUACUAUAAUAAAGUUAUGAUUUAACCAGCAA